AUGUUUCGAAACAACUACGAUAACGAUUCCGUUACCUUCUCGCCCCAGGGCCGGAUAUUCCAGAUCGAGUAUGCUGCAGAGGCAGUUAAGCAGGGCUCCGUUGUUGUCGGUAUUGCUAGCAAGACUCACGCCGUUCUGUGUGCUGUCAAGCGAAACGCCGAGGAACUCUCAUCUUACCAGAAGAAACUCUUCACCGUCGACGAACAUGCUGGUAUCGCAAUUGCUGGCCUUACCUCCGAUGCCCGCGUCCUUUCCAACUUCAUGAAGCAGCAGUGCCUAGGCCACCGACUCACAUAUGGCCGUGCCAUCCCCCUCCGAUCCCUCGUCGACAUGAUUGGCGAGAAGGCCCAGAUGAACACCCAGAUGUACGGCAAGCGACCAUACGGCGUCGGUCUCCUGGUUGCUGGUGUUGAUGAGCGUGGCCCUCACCUGUUCGAGUUCCAGCCCUCGGGCAUGACAGAGGAGAUGCUUGCUUUUGCCAUUGGCGCGCGAAGCCAAAUGGCUCGAACAUACCUUGAGCGCAACAUUGAUUCCUUUGCCGAUUGCUCGAAAGAAGAGUUGAUUCAGCAUGGUCUCAAGGCCUUGAAAGAAAGUCUGGUCCAGGACAAGGAGCUUUCAGUAGAGAACACAUCCGUCGGUGUGGUGGGCAUCAACAUAGUGGAUGGUAGGAAGAAGGUAGAGCCAUUCAAGCUGUACGAUGGAUACUCGGUGCAGCCCUGGAUUGAAAGCGUUGGUGAGAGCCAAGGUGGCGCGGAAGAAGGCGAGGGGGAGGGCAUGGAUGUUGACAACUAA